UGAGAAACAACUCAGAUCAAAGAAAUUGAUCAACUCGAUCGCGUGCCGCAACUAGCCGGAAACAAAUCAUAUCGUUGGCGGCGUUCUCGUCCCUAACUAACUGUCUGCAGACAGGCGACGGUCGAUGGUGGCGCUUGGACGCGCGGCGACGAGGCUGAUCCAGCGAGCUGUCGUUAGAGUAGAGCAACGCCGGCCCCUCACCCUGUUGUCGCCAAGGCUCAUCCACACCCAGCAGAAUUCAAGAUCUCCGUUCUCCCGGAAAGAACACCUUGUGUCGCAAAUCAAGCAAAAGAAAGAGGAGUUAUACGAUCUCAUCGCUAACGCCGAGGCGGCUUCCGUAGCUUCUGGGUCAGCCAUGUGUGUGCUCUCGACUCUCUGCACACGAAUCGAGCCUAGACCACAUGACCCUCAAUGGCGCCGGAUAACCAGAACCAAGAAGGUGGCCAAUUGGACUGCGGCGUCCAUCUUUUUUGUUGCUUCUGGAAUGAGUUUAUGUGGCGUGGUUGCCCGUGCUCCCCUAAUAGAGCAUGAAGGAGUGUACUACACUGCCGAGAGUGUGCACAGGCUAGUGGAGCAAGGCUGCCUGCCUGAGAGUGUGCUCAAGCAAGUGGGAAGCGCAGAAGCAAAAGGGUGCAAUGAUAAGGAGUGAAGAUGGACGACCUGCAUCUUUUUUCAUGGAGAACAAGAAGGAUUGUAUCUACGUAGGUCUCUUGAUGAAAUAGGAGUAUAUGUCUAUGAUGUGCCACCUCGAACUUGUACUAUUAUGAUGAAUGUCGUUGUAAGAUAUACGUGACAUGGUGUGUUAUCCUUUCCCUUUGAGCGAAUUGUGUAUGAAUAAUGUGAACAUGUGUGCAUGCCCGCGUGUAGGACAAGGGCCGAUGGGUCACCGCGUGCUUCCCAAUCCAGUCCCCACCCCAAGUCCUCUCUUGUGCGGUGGCGUUGUGACGCCAGAGUGGUCGCACCCAUUCAAUUGUGGAGUUAGAAGAUAAGUAUGUCAAAAAACGAUGGAUGAAUUUGAAGUUCAAUUUGAUAUGUUGUUGAUUA